CUUGUGAUGUUCAUGAAAAAGAGAAUCCUUGGAAAUAUGUCCAGGAUUUAUUUGAAAAAGAGAUGACUUUCUCUAAAAAAAGUAAAAAAUUAAAGGGCAGAGCAGUAGCAAGUAUGUUUGCUGCAUGCUUGGCAAUGAAUGCCAAAAUAGAAGUUUUAAAUGACGCCCUUCACAAUUCUAAUGAAAAUUUAAUUCUCAAACAAAAAGAAAUUGACCAGAAAGAAAAAGAAAUUGACAAAUUGGAAUGUAAAGUCAGUUUCUUAACAUCACUUAAUGAUGAAAUAAAAUGCUUAAAAGAAAAAAGUGAUGAGAACUGUGCUACUGCACAAACAGAACUUAAAAUGUGUAAGGAAAAAUUGAUUAAAACAGAAAAUGAAAUGGAUAAUAUAAUUAGUGUAAAUAAAGUUAUCCAAAAUAAACUUACACAAUCACAAAGUGUACAAAAUACUCAUUUGCUACAAACUUUGAAAAAAGAUGCAUCCACCCAAACAUAUUCAUUGAAUAACUGUGACAAAGUGGGGGAGACAAGGAAUGUAAUUUUAUUUGACAAAACUGAUAAAACAAUCAAUUUGAGUUUAAAAGAUACAGUGAAUUCAGUAAACAUAGGUGAAAUCCCUGUUUUUCUAGCAACACCUGUGUUAUGCCCUGCUACCAGAGGCAAUAUUUCAAAUACUGUAUCUAACAACCACUCCACACCAAUUUUAAUUACUACAAUGCCCAAUUCAAGUUUUAUAGCAAAUUCAGGCCAAAAUUGCACAGCUCAAAAAGAGUGUGAUACAUGUGUAUCUAAAUUACCAAAUUAUACUGUAAAAAUGCCACAGUUACACAAUGAUAUCUGCAGUGAUUUUCUUAAAAAUGAGAACAUGGAUCUCUUCAAGAUAUGUUUGGGGAAUGCAUUAAGAACUAAAACAGAUAUUGUAGUUAAGGUUUUGGAACUUGACAUAUUAACAAAUGAUUUACAGAGCAACAGAUGGGUGGAAAUCAUGGAUACAAUUAAUGGUUUUAAAGAAAAACAGUAUUGUUAUGAUCUACCAUGUAAACCUGUUUUUCCUCAUUUCUUGGAAAAACAGAGGUACACUUGGAGUUUUGAUACAUCCCAUGGUUCCCAAAAAUCAUAUGCAAAAUGGUUACAUGAUCUAAAUCUAUUUUCUACAAAGAGUAUUUUUCAGCUCCAACCCAACACAUGUAACGAAGAGAAGCAUGGAGGAAUCUUUCUUACAGAGAUGGGUGGUAUUUUUACAGCAAUGAAAAAUCGAAAACCAGUGAUGGAUAUCUGGACCCUGCAGAGAACUGAGACACUAAGCGUGAUCAACAUCGGCAAUGGGUUGCUAGCUGGAACGGUGCCGGGAACCUCUUCAAAGCAAAGCUCUACAUUGAUCAUAGCACAAGAGGUUAAGGCCCCGAAUUACCUGAACAAAUCUGUGACCACACUAUCUCUGCCGGAGCCGCUCAAGGUUCAGCAGCUGACCAAGCACGAGGAGCGCAGCUUGCAGGAAGGUUGGCGAAGCCUGGCUACCACAGAAAAUGGAGAGAAUUCGACCUUACCCCCUUUGCGGAAACGUGAGAUGGUUAGAAAUCUGGGCAUCAGGAAUCCUUUGUCCCCCAUUGUUGGACUAGAGACACAGUCUGCCAGAGAUGUUAUGUUAUCAGAGUCCCUGGAUUUGGCCUUUGAGCAAAUAGAGUUUAUAGCCUUUGGGAAUCCCCAGCUUCUAACCCAUGUUCUUUCCAGAGAGAUAGAGUGGGUUAAGCAGUUCAAUUCUAUAUUCUACCCGUAUGUGAGUAACUUAUGA